AUGGAUAGCGUCACGUGGUACAAAGACUUUCAUCCCCAUUGGUGGAAGUACCAUGACAUCAUUGUGAACGCACCAAUGGCGUUCUACUAUUUUUUAGGGACGUUUUUCGCUGUCGUUGGAUUUUUAGGCGUCUUUGGUAACAUCAUUGUCGUUUGGGUUUUUUCCAGCACGCCAUCUUUGAGAACACCCUCGAAUGUUCUGGUCAUCAACCUGGCUAUUUGUGACAUCCUUUUCUCAGCUUUGAUUGGAUUUCCAAUGUCAGCCCUAUCAUGUUUCCAGAGGCAUUGGAUUUGGGGGAACUUCGGAUGUCAGUUCUACUCGUUCGUGGCGGGCAUAACAGGACUCGCCUCAAUAAAUUGCCUGGCGGUCAUCGCAGUGGACAGGUACCUCGUGGUUGGUCAGCCGCUCGCCAUGCUCAACCAAUCACAUUUCAGGAGAUCUUUCUACCAUGUUCUUAUCAUCUGGACUUGGGCGUGUGUCUGGUCGGCCAUGCCUUUGAUUGGCUGGGGCGAGUACAUCCUAGAGGGUUUCGGGGUCAGCUGCACUUUCGACUACCUCACCAGAACAACCUGGAACAUUUCCUUUAACGUCUGCCUCUUUACUUUUUGCUUCGGAAUGCCAGUUUCCGUCAUCAUCCUCUCAUAUAUCGGAAUAAUAAGAUCCAUUGCGAAGAAUCGGAAGGAAUUUUCAUCUCUAACAGCGGAAAACAGCAGCAGAGCGAGACAAGAAAUCAAAAUAGCAAAAGUAUUCGCGGUUUGCAUGACGGCCUUUAUCCUUUGCUGGGUGCCCUACGCUACUGUAGCUCAGCUAGGGAUCUACGGCUACGAUCAAAUGGUUUCGCCGUACACAGCCGAACUGCCAGUCAUGCUAGCUAAAACAUCAGCUCUCUGGAAUCCAAUAAUCUACGCUUUUAGUCACCCUAAGUAUCGCAAAUGUUUGAAAGAGCUGCCGAUUUUCAGACAGAAGAGAAAGUUUAGAUUCUUGGGUUCUAAGAGCCACACCAAAAGUUCCGAUGGAGUUGGUACCAUUGCGCUGACAAGCACAAUUAAUAGAACUGCUACAAGGCACUGA